GAUUUUGUACUCAGGCCGACACGUCUCCAAGAACAAAGAUUCCAUUUUUUUUUUUCUCUGCCGUUGUCUACGGCAUGAGAUCCACACACGACCUCGCUUGAUGAACAUGCAUCAUGGAUUGGCUUCGCCUCUGAAACCUCGACCCUGUUGCUCCUCCCACCUCGCUUCCACCGCGGAUUUCCCCUGCUCCUCUCGCCUCCAUCUUCCGCCCCAGCCGGGUCGAUUCUUACGUCACGGCCGCGGCCAUGGCGGCGGCUGCGGCGGCGGCGGCGGCGGCGGCGGCGGCGUCUUCGGCGCUCUCCCGUCCGCUCCCCAGUCGUUCGUUUGGCCCGGGGAGAGGAACCGGGAGAAGGGUCGGCGGGGGAGGAACGCGCGUACCCUCUCGCGGGCGAGCCGGAGGGAGUCCCCGUACGAGGUCCUGGGGGUGUCUCCUUCCGCGACGGCCGAUGAAAUCAAGAGGGCUUAUCGGAAGCUCGCUUUGAAGUAUCACCCUGAUGUCAACAAAGAGGUGAAUGCACAGGAGAAGUUCAUGAGGAUUAAACAUGCAUACAACACUCUCCUUAAUUCUCGUGAUUCGAAUUCCAAAAGGAGAUACAACACUGGAACUCGUGCAUCUGGGUUUUCAUACUCCACUGAGGAUAGAAGCACCCUAGAUGAAGAAUUCUAUGGACUCGGUAACCUUUUCAGGGAUGUUCAGAUAACAAUAGAGGAUUUCUUCAGAGAUCUACAGGAAGAAUUUCGUAACUGGGAAUCAGGUGCAUCUUCACAAGGAAAGCCAAAGAGCUUGUGGGAGGAAUUGGCGGAUAUCGGUGAAGAAUUUGUGGAGUUUCUAGAGAAGGAGCUAAACAUAACUGAUUCAGAGGUGGAAGCAAAUCAGUAUGAUGAUGGGUCGCAAAGAAGUUCCGGUACUGAAGGUAUGCAAAAUGCUAGUGAAAAUGAAGCUAGCAAGGGAAGCGGCAUCGAGGAAAAUAUUGAUGAGAUAGAAGCUACUCUCGCUCGCUUGAAAAAGGAACUGGGCCUGUAAUUGAUUCAUAAUAAUUUUGUGCCGCAUAUUUGUUCCAUUACUCACGUUGUGUUUGUAUAGAUAUGAUAUGUUGGGAUACCUGUGGCUUCAAUAAUCUUUGAAACCGACAAAGGUCAGUGAUGAAAGCUAAGGGAGGAGUAGGAGAUGAAGAUCGAGUCCUGCAAAGAUCAUAGAAUAAUAGGUACAACUCAGGAGUAAUGUUGGAGCUCAAAUUUCAUUCUAAUUGAAAUGAAAAGCUGUUUCUUUUUAA